AUGGCAAGGAAGAAAAAGGCGGCGGCCAAGCUGGCGACCCCGGUCGUCAAGCCCGAUGCCAGGAGAGCAACCAAGAACACAAUUGACGAGUCCAGAACGACAGUCGCUGGAACCGACGCCCUGCAGAGCUCGCCGGCCGAUCCCAUCGAGAUCUCGGAUGAUGCUGACAGCGACGAGGAUCUCUCCGACAUGGACGAGGACGUCAACGACGAGGCCGAGGCUGGCAAGGGCGCAGAGUCACAAUCGUUGGCCAAUGGCCAGCAGAACCAGAACCAGAACCCUAAAAAAGACGACGCAGAGGAUGGCGAGUCUGACGCCGAAGGCACAUCCCCCUCCUUUGGCGAGCUGCUGCGCGGCAACGAAAUCAUCGACGUCAAUGCCCUGCUCCAGCAGUCUGCCGCAGACAGCAUUGCCGCCGUCGAGUCGUCGCGAAGCGCCAUCGCCCCUCCCAACCACCAGUCCCUCACCACCGUCCUCACCCAGGCCCUGAAAAGCGACGACACAGACCUCCUCGAGUCAUGCCUGCACACGACGGACAUCCCCACCAUCCAAAACACAAUCGAGCGCAUCGACAGCUCCCUGGCUGGCGUCCUGCUCAACAAGCUCGCCGCCCGGCUGCACAGACGGCCUGGCCGCGCCGGAACCCUCAUGACCUGGGUGCAGUGGACGCUGGUUGCCCAUGGCGGAGCCCUGGCCGCGCAGCCCAAGCUCCUCCACGACCUCAACAGCCUGCAAAAGGUGCUUGCCGAGAGAGCAAAGGGCCUCAACAGCCUGCUCGCCCUCAAGGGCAAGCUGGACAUUCUCGAGGGCCAGAUGGAGCUGCGGAAGAAGAUGCAGCGAAGCGCCGGCCUGCUCCAGGACGGCGAGGACGAUGCCGACGACGAAGACGUCAUCUACGUAGAGGGCGAGGAGAAGGAUGAACAGGAUGCUGCCGCCGCCACCAAUGGCACUCGCUCCCGGAGAAGAGGCGGUGCCUCCAAGGCUGCCCGCGAUGAGGACGAGGAUGAGGACGACGACGACCGCGUGCUCAACGGCUUCAUUGGCGACUCUGAAGACGAGGAGGAAGGUUCCGAGCAGGGCGAGGAUGAGAGCGGUGCCGACGAGGAGCCCCUGGAUGAGGACGAAGUAGACUUUGACGAUGUUGAUGAGUCCAUGGGCGAGGAUGACGAGAGCGACGUGGAGGUUGCACCGCCGACAAAGGUUCAAAAGGUGACACGGUCAUUUGGCAAGAAGAAAUGAGAGAGAAACGAAUGAAGAAAUCAAGGCAUCUGUGUGUGUAUGUAUGUAUGUAUGUAUGUGGCUGCAUGUAAAAGAGAAAAAUUGGAGAAGGGCAAAGGGGAGAAAAAGAGAAGUGCUGCAAAAGGGAGGCAUAUAAGCAUGAUUAGGUCUUCACAGUAUUGGGCGUUUGGAUCUUUUUUUACUUUUUUAAUAUGUUUGUCAAAAAGAGUAGACAUGAUUAAUGGUCAUCUUAUUCUUUUCUCUCUUGAUAUCGGGGUUCUAAAUCAUGUAGAGAUCAUUUAGUGGUGAAUAUAGUGCUGUGUCUGCAGAGACGAGGGGAUAGACAUGGUCAAGUGUACAUGACCAAUAAAUAAGAGAUUGUACGAAACAGGCACGUCAAUUCAUCCCAAGGUUAGUAUGUAACAGUGAAUCAGCUCCUCAUUUGCUAUCAGAUAUGAAAUCUACCCUUGCGAGGAAAAGGAAAAAAGUGUAACCAUACUUCUUUUACAAGUUAAUCUCAUAACAAUUCAUCAUCUCUCCUUUCUGUAUUUCAUCAAAGAAAAGAAAAAAAAAAGAGAGAAAAUCAGUCCCAUCGCUCAAAAACUCAAUUCAUUUGCUCGCUCGCUCGCUCUCUUUCUCUACACAAAUCUUUUGUUCGCCAUACGUAAAAUACUAUAGUAGUGUAAAAAAAAGAAAAAGAGACAUAAAUUUGCUGAUAUUCCUCCUUAUUCUCUCAGGAGCAGCUACAGAUAAAAAAAAAAAAAAAAAAAGGAUGCCUGUUUACGCCAAUCCACCCAUUGCCAUGCAAAAAAAUAAAUAAGGAACGUAGACAAUAGCGAGCUAAAAGAGGAAGAAUAAAAAAAAACCAGCAAAGAAUCUCGUGUAUCCAUGGCCAUAGAAAUAAAAAGGGGGGGUAAGCCAUUAAAAAUGUCGUAUGAUGGUGGCGCAAAUGAAAAGUGGCAGCUUGCUCUGCAGCGUACAAUGUCAAAAAGCACGCCCAAAAAAAAAAAAAAAAAAUAGAAAAUUGCUUCUUUCGCUCGCUCGUCUUGGGAAAUGCCACAUUGCAGAAGCGCUCAUGAUGAAUCAAAACUGGCAAUGAGACGAAAAGGCAGAAUCAUGCGCAGAGAAGCCACGGCAGCGCAAUAAAGCCGCUUAGAUGGCCCAACUGCCUCUCCUCUCGCGCACGCCCCAGGCCAAUGGGUCGAGGUUGUCCAGAUCUGGGUGCUGUCUCACCCACUCCGUAAUGUAGGACCGUAGCGCCACCCAUCGCGGGCAUCUCUCCUCCUCAGGGGCGGACUCGUCCACCGUCACCUCCACCAUGUGGCCCUUGGCCAUUUGCUUC